AUGACCGGGGCCACUACUGAAUUUGAGGACGAGGUCAAAAAGCUUAAUGAUUACAUUAGAAUCCCAGGUUACAGGCGCUCAUUACCCUCUAGAAGGUGGGACCCAGUGUUGGCAAUUACAGGAUUUCAUCAUUAUUACGAUGCCAAAAGAUUUCAAAUUCACGUUGAUAAUGCGUUCAGAGUGGAUAACAUUUCUAAAGAUUUUUAUAAGGUUAAGCAUCUUAAAGAAAAUUUAUUAAUACGACCUUGCAUACUAAAAAGAAUUAUUUGUGCAAGAAAUGUAUUUAGAAGACUGUUCACUGAAAACUUUCCAAAAGAAAAUCCAAAAGUUUUGAAAUUAUGGAAGUUACAUUGGUCAAAAGAAUUAGAUCAAGAUAUGAUUAAAGAGUUGGCUUUUGGUUGGGACAUUGAAGAUUUUAAAAAUGAUGUAGUACAAAAUGGUUACAAAAUAGAUAGACCUAAGAAGACUUAUUUCAUUGAACAUGUUAAGUUAGAGUUUGAUGAUUUUUUGCCUUGGAAGGAAAUUUUAAAUGAAUGGAGGAUAUUGAAAGAAGAAAGAAAAACUUUGGGAUUAGAGGACAGGAAUAAAGAUCAACAGAGUAAAAAAAUCGAACAAAAAAUUGUAAAUCAAGAACAAGAACAAGAACAUUGGUUUAAGGUUGUUGAUGAUUAUGAGGAUGAUUAG